UCGAAGAUUUUCACACGCGAAUUUUUUAGAAGCAAAUUAAAUAAGGAAAUUAAAAUAUUUAAAUAAAAUACUUGUGUAAUAUAAUAAAAUAAAUAAAAAACUGAUUUUCUCUGUUGGGAGCGAUUCCAGUUGGGGCAUCGCAAUAACAUCUUUAUUUCAAUUAGGAGAAUUAUAAAAUUAUAAAAAUCUGCCGAAGAAAGAAAAAAAAUGGCUGAUGACUUGACUGUAGAAGUUUGUCGGGACAAUAGAUCUUUUUAUAAGGGAGUUGUUACUGAUGUUGUGGAAGAUGGUCUAGUGGUAGUACUUGAUAAUGAUUAUGGCAACGAAGAAAAUUACUUAUUUUCGCAAUGCCGAUUUCCGCCAGAAGCAGAACCAGAAAAUGGACCACCUUUUGAAGAGGGUAUGGAAGUAGAAGUUUACUCGAGAUCCAACGGUCGAGAGGCCUGUGGUUGGUGGACGGCAGUUAUAAAAAUGUUGAAAAAUGAAAUUUGUGCUGUUUGCUAUUGCGGUUUUGAGAAUCCUUGUACGGAAAUUGUCGAUCUUAAACGUGUUAGACAUAAAAACAAUAACCCAUUAUUAACGACAAAAAGUUUUCAUAAAUUUGAAAUUGUUGUUCCUGAAGAAUUGCGAGAGGAGGCCAAAGAAGAUGGAGUGCAUAAAGAUUUUCAAAAGUCAAUAAUGGCUGGAAUCUGCCGUUACAUACCUGAACGAGGCGUUCUUAGCAUCAUAUCGAAGCACGAAAUUACAACUAAAAGAGCAAAAAUGUUACAGGAUAUGCAUUUCAGGAAUUUAGCUCAAAAGGUAAUGCUUUUGAGAAGGACUGAGGAAGCUGUGCGGCAAUUAGAAUCAACAAAACUCCACAAUCAAGGCUUUAUGGAUGAGUUUAAAGUACGGGAAGAUCUAAUGGGUCUCGCGAUAGGAGCUCAUGGUACUAACAUACAGCAAGCUAGAAGCUUAGAAGGUGUUACAAAUAUCGAACUAGAGGAAAAAUCUUGUACAUUUAAAAUAACCGGCGAAACAGAAGAAGCAGUAAGAAAAGCCAGAUCAAUGUUAGAAUAUGCGGAGGAAUUUUUCCAAGUACCAAGAGAUUUAGUCGGUAAAGUUAUUGGAAAAAAUGGCAGAAUUAUACAAGAAAUAGUUGACAAAAGUGGCGUAUUUAGAAUCAAAAUUGCUGGUGAUGAUGAACAAGAUCAAAACAUACCGCGCGAAUCUGGUCAUGUACCAUUUGUUUUUAUCGGAACUGUUGAAACAAUUUCAAAUGCAAAAGUACUUCUAGAAUAUCAUUUGCGUCAUUUAAAAGAAGUUGAACAGUUACGUCAAGAAAAAUUAGAAAUUGAUCAGCAAUUAAGAGCUUACCAAGAGUCAACAAUGGGUUCAAUACAAAAUUUCCCAGUUUCGAGGAGGUCAGAAAGAGGUUAUAGUAGCGACAUGGAUUCAGUUCGUUCUGGUAGAGGCGGACCACGCGGUCGUGGACGAGGUCGAGGUGGUGGUGGUGGCGGCGGCGGAGGUGGUGGCGGUAACCAACGCUAUUCGCAGGCACGUCGCAAUAAUAAUAAUAAUGAAGAAGACGAUUACAAUUCUCGUGGGGAUCAUUCAAGAGGAUAUUCGGAAAGAAGUGGUAGUUAUCGCGGUGGUGGUGGUGGAGGUGGUAAUGAUAGACGUGGUGGUAGUAGAAGACCAGAACGUCGCAAUAAUGAUCGUAAUGAACGUAUGAUUGAUUCUAAUGGAAAAGAGAUUUAUAAUCAUGAUGAUCAUAAUCAAGAUAAUCGUGAUAUGAGUAGCGUUGAAAGGGCUGAGAGUCAUUCGUCUACUGAAGGAGCUAGUUGUAGAAGACGUAGAAGGCAAAGAAAUUCUGGUCAGAAUGCUAACAGUAAUAUAAAGCAAAGAAAUCUAGAAAAACAAAAUCAACAACAACCAAUAGAAAAUAAUAAAAAUUCAAGUGUUAGUGGUGGUGGUGGCGGUAGUGCUGGUAACACAGGUGGUAACGGUAGCAAUGAUAACGGUAAUGAAAGAAAUCAAAUCCAAAAAGAACAAAUACAGCAAUCACAACAACCACAACAGCCACAACAACAGCAACAACAACCACAACAGCCACCUAUUAAUGGUGUUCCAUUGAAAGAAAGAAAACCUCGUCGUUCUAAGAGCAAUAAAAAUCAACCAUCUGAUUCAACUAAUAACGAUAAUAGAAAACCAGAACUUGUCAAUGGAACAUCUUAAGAUUUAAAGAAAAAUAAAAUUUAAACUGAACUCUUCGUUUUUAUUUUUUAUAAAAUAUUUAAACAAAAAAAAAAAAAAGAAAAAAAGGAAAUUUAAAAAUGAUAAUUAAUAAUAAUUAUUUUAAUUAGAAUGAACAAAAUAAAAAAAAAUUAAAAAAACAAAAUAUUAAAGAAAUAAUAAAUUUGUUUUUAGGCUUUUAUAAAGAAAAAAUGAAAAUAUUAAAAAAAUAAAAAA